GCUCCUCCACGCUCCUGCCAGCCCACACCAGGGAUAUUGCAGCCCGGGGAGGCACCUGGAGCUAAUCCGGCGGCAGGUUUAAAUGUUUAUUUGGAUACUUGGCUACUGAUUAGAGAACACAAAAUGAAUAACUCAACAAACUCCUCUAACAAUGGCCUGGCUCUGACCAGUCCUUAUAAGACAUUUGAAGUGGUUUUUAUUGUCCUUGUGGCUGGGUCCCUCAGUUUGGUGACCAUUAUUGGGAACAUCCUGGUCAUGGUCUCCAUUAAAGUCAACCGCCACCUCCAGACCGUCAACAAUUACUUUUUGUUCAGCUUGGCCUGUGCUGACCUCAUCAUUGGUGUUUUCUCCAUGAACUUGUACACCCUUUACACUGUGAUUGGCUACUGGCCUUUGGGACCUGUGGUGUGUGACCUUUGGCUAGCCCUGGACUACGUGGUCAGCAAUGCCUCAGUAAUGAAUCUGCUCAUCAUCAGCUUUGACAGAUACUUCUGUGUCACAAAACCGCUCACCUAUCCCGUCAAGCGGACCACAAAAAUGGCAGGUAUGAUGAUUGCAGCUGCCUGGGUCCUCUCCUUUAUCCUCUGGGCUCCGGCUAUUCUCUUCUGGCAGUUCAUUGUAGGGGUGAGAACUGUGGAGGAUGGGGAAUGCUACAUUCAGUUUUUCUCCAAUGCUGCUGUCACCUUUGGCACUGCCAUUGCAGCUUUCUAUUUGCCUGUGAUCAUCAUGACUGUGUUAUACUGGCACAUAUCCCGAGCCAGUAAGAGCAGGAUAAAGAAGGACAAAAAGGAGCCUGUGGCCAACCAAGAUCCAGUUUCUCCAAGUCUGGUACAAGGAAGGAUAGUGAAGCCAAACAACAACAACAUGCCUGGCAGUGAUGAUGGCCUGGAGCACAACAAAAUCCAGAACGGCAAAGCUCCCAGAGAUGCUGUGACUGAAAACUGUGUCCAGGGGGAGGAAAAGGAAAGCUCCAAUGAUUCCACCUCAGUCAGUGCUGUCGCCUCUAAUAUGAGAGAUGAUGAAAUAACCCAGGAUGAAAACACAGUUUCCACUUCCCUGGGCCAUUCCAAAGAUGAGAACUCAAAGCAGACAUGCAUCAAAAUUGUCACCAAGACCCAAAAAGGUGACUCAUGUACCCCAACUAAUACCACCGUGGAGCUAGUUGGUUCUUCAGGUCAGAAUGGAAAUGAAAAACAGAACAUUGUUGCUCGCAAGAUUGUAAAGAUGACCAAGCAGCCUGCAAAAAAGAAGCCUCCUCCUUCCCGGGAAAAGAAAGUGACCAGGACGAUCUUGGCCAUUCUGUUGGCUUUCAUCAUCACUUGGGCCCCAUACAAUGUCAUGGUGCUCAUUAACACCUUCUGUGCACCCUGCAUCCCCAACACAGUGUGGACAAUUGGUUAUUGGCUCUGUUACAUCAACAGCACUAUCAACCCUGCCUGCUAUGCACUUUGUAAUGCCACCUUCAAGAAGACCUUUAAACACCUUCUCAUGUGUCAUUAUAAGAACAUAGGCGCCACAAGGUAAAACAUCUUUGUAAAGAAAGAAGGUAGUCAAGGGGAGCUUGGCAAAAAGAAACAGAAUAAAAGAGCUCCUAGUUUUCAAAUCUCUGCCAUUGCACUUUAUAGUCUUAUCAUGGAAUGUGCAAUUAAGGAGCCCAACAG